GAUACAGGACCGGAUAUACCUUUAAUUGGUGUACAUCACAUAUUUCCUGUGUCCUGGAUAACAAUGGCUAACCUGAGUGUCGGGUUACUGAUAUUUCAGAGUCAUCAAUGAUACACCUGUUUAAAAUCAGCUGAACGACACAAAGCAUGGCCGAUGAUGAUAUUGUGAAGCAGGCAGCAAUGAGGAGAGAGAGAAACAAAUCCAAAAACAGGAUUGGGGAUGACCUAUUUACAGACAGUCCACGAACUCCAAUGUCAACCCCCAGACAGGAACCUACGGGACGAAGAUCACAUAAGGGAACUGAUGUUACAAUAACUGAUAUAACUGAUCGCGAGCAACCUAAAGUUGACAGGGACCUACUUAUCCCACGGCGUAUGAAUACUCACAGGCGUAGUUAUGGUAACAUCGAGAAAGCGGUAAAGAGGCCUGUAGUAGAUGCACCGUGUCUUCCCUUUAUAGAAUGCAAGUUAAAUGGUAAGAGCGUAAAGGCACUUAUAAACACGUGCGUGAUGUCAUCAAUUAUCAACAGACAUCUAUACCAGCACAUUUUCGGCUCAGACGAGAAUAUGAUGUUCAUGGGCGACAUGGCCACCGGUGUUCCAAUUACGAUAGAAACGAGGACUUUACAGUUCGACUUUCACACUAGAGGUGAUAUCCCAGAUGUUGUAUUAGGUCUAGAUUUCCUCACAUCAUUUAAGUGUUCCCUGAAUCUCGGUGACAAGACGCUUGUUCUUGGAGCUGUAAGUGACGCUGAUUACGUGUGCACAAAACUUAUAAGUGAUCGAGAGUUGCCCCUCAGGUAUAGAUCAGGGACAAAUCUUGCGGCAUCGGUAUAAUUAAAUUGUGAUUUCGCUUAUCAGUUAUAUCUUUCAAAGAUGACCUGCCUAACUCCAUCUACUGUUAAAAGACAGUUUUGUUCUUCCUGAUGUAGAAUAAAAUGUUUUGUUAUCACAUACUGUUUUUGAAUAUACACAUUCAUUUGCAAAGAGUCUCACAGUGCGAAGUGACCCCCUUGCAAAGAAUAUUUCUGCUACAUUGUAUGGUGACUUGAUGUUCAUUGAUUUUUCAUUAAUUCUUUAAAUUAUUUGCUUUGUAUAUACAUGUAUUCCAAAUAAAAUUCAUUUGACAGUAUUUUACUUCAGACUUCACCAUACCUUAUGACUUAAUGUACCGAUUCAUUAUCCGUUAAUGUAUUUUAUUUACAGGCAACGUUUACACAAUGUUAAAAUUAAUAGAAAGCUACUAGUUGAUUCACUUAUAAUGAAAAUACAUACUUUACCGAUAAUUCUUAAAAACAGUAAAUAGGACAAGCUCCACACAACCAAACGAACAAAAAACUGUUAAAAAUGUCGAAAACAAUAAAAUUUCAAAACGUUUCAUUUAUGUUGUCAAACUCUUUACUUUGAACAACACAUGCUUUAAAGUAGUAUAUAAUACAGACGUAUCAUAUAGUUGUAUGUGUUCAAGGAGCUAUGAACAAGAGAGGAAAUAUCUAAUAUACAUGCGUUUCAGGCUGUCUAACAUUAUCCAGUAUAUAAAAUAAAAUACGUUAUUUAAGAGACAAUUAACUCGACAUAUAGUUGCUUUAUAUGAAAACAUUCCCGAGAGUAGAGGGAUACAUUUAUUGCUUACCUAAGAGAGGGAUGUUGUUGUUAUUGUGAUGCUAAUAGAAAAUAAAACCUGAUACAUA